GAGAUAGUGAUAUAGGCUUGGCUCCCCGCCCUGGCCCUUUUCACUACAAAAGGGAGAGUGUUGGGCACUUUCCCCAUAUUUAAAUUCUCAGCCACCCCCCCUCUCUCUUCCAAGCAACAAGCCCAUUCCCACAGAGAGGAAAAUUCUCAACUCAUUACGUUCUCUAUCUCAGUUCCACCAUGAUGCAUCUCAUUUUAUUGCUUGGACUUCUGAUAGCAUCAUACUUUAGUAGUUUUCAAGCUGAAAAUCCCUUUUUGCAAUACUGGGAAGAGCAUAUAGGUCUUCCACAUCCUCCACAUUGGUUAGCUGCAAAGGCUUCUCCUUUAAGUCCCCAUCAGGCAACAGUCUUUUUGAAACUUAUGGAGGAAAAUGAAUUACCUUUCCACCUGCCUUCAUUCUGUAAACAAGCUAAUAUUGCAUGUUCUAAAAAUGCAUUAGUAAAGAAGAUCAUGGACAACCCAAUGCUGCCACCAAUUGCCCAAUCUAGUGCUAUCAAAGUGAUAUAUGAUCGCGUUCCAAGUGGAUCGCCCCUCUCAAUUUCCAGACAAGGGGGAUUGCUAUUUUUUCGCGAAUCAAUGGUGAAACAAGGAGGUUUCAUGAAUAUCACUGAUCUAAGGGACACAAUGUCAUAUAAUUCGUUCUUGCCGCGAUCUCUAGCAUCAAAAAUCCCAUUUUCAUUAGCCCGGAUUAAAGAAUUGAAGAAGCUUUUUGGUGUGGUGGAUGAUUCAAAAAUGGAUGAGUAUAUUAAAGACACCCUUGAGAUAUGUGAAAAAGUCUGGACACCCUUGUUAGCAAAAAAAAAUGAAAAGAGCCCCAUUCGAGAUGAGCAUAGCACCUGUGUGACUUCUACUGAAGAUCUCAUCGAUUUUGUUGUUAAGAAAUUAGGGCACCGUGUAAGCAUAUGGAGUACUGAGAGCAUUGAAGGAUCUUAUGAGAAUGUCACAAUUGGAGGUGUAAAACUCAUGUAUGGAAACCUAUCUGAAUCACCAGCCUUAUGUCAUAGUCAACCAUUCCCAUCUCAAGUCUAUUAUUGUCAUAUUUUACAGAGAGUAAAAGUAUAUAUAGUAGAUAUAUAUGCUCAAAAGAAAGUGAAUCAUGCAAUCAUGACAUGCCACUAUGACACUUCAACUUGGAAUCCAAACCAUAUUGCUUUUAAGUUGUUGGGUUUUGGCCCAGGCCUAAUUGAAGUCUGUCAUUGGAUUAACAAGAAUGGAAUGGUUUGGACAAAGACUCUCUAGGUUGAGCAGCUUUUGAAGAUUUGAUUAUCUUUCAGUUCUCUUGUUUAUGUUAUAUGUUACUGCUAGCUUAUGCUAUUUGAAGAAUAAAUCAUGACCUAUUUUGAUUUUCUUAUAA